UUGAAAUUGACCAAGAUGCUGAUUCGAGAGUUGUUGUUGUUUGGUUCCAUUGUCGUGGUAAUAGUGGCUCAUCAAAAUGGCAAUGCUAACUUUGUCGUAGAAGAUGGUAAAUCUGUAAAACACAAAGUGCAAGACAAAGUUCCUGAAUCGGAGAAUAUUCCAAAAGUAAAGAAGAUCGGCGAUUCUGUAACCAGUGCAUCACAGAAUGCCUCAGAACAACAACCAGGCAAUUCUGCUGCCAGUGUACCACAGACUGUCUCAGCUCAACAACCAAGCAAUGUUGCAACCAGUACAUCACAGAAUGCCUCAGAACAACAAUCAGAAAAUUCUGAUGCCAGUGCACCACAGAGUGUCUCAGCUCAACAGCCAGGCAAUUCUGCAACCACUACAUCACAGAAUGCCUCAGAACAACAAUCAGGCAAUUCUGCUGCCAGUGCACCACAGAGUGUCUCAGCUCAACAACCAGGCAAUUCUGCAACCAGCACAUCACAGAAUGCCUCAGAACAACAAUCAGGCAAUUCUGAUUCCAGUGCACCACAGAGUGUCUCAGCUCAACAACCAGGCAAAUCUGCAACCAGUACAUCACAGAAUGCCUCAGAACAACAAUCAGGCAAUUCUGCUGCCAGUGCACCACAGAGUGUCUCAGCUCAACAACCAGGCAAUUCUAUAACCAGUACAUCACAGAAUGCCUCAGAACAACAAUCAGGCAAUUCUGAUGCCAAUGCACCACAGAGUGUCUCAGCUCAACAGCCAGGCAAUUCUGCAACCAGUACAUCACAGAAUGCCUCAGAACAACAAUCAGGCAAUUCUGAUGCCAAUGCACCACAGAGUGUCUCAGCUCAACAGCCAGGCAAUUCUGCAACCAGUACAUCACAGAAUGCCUCAGAACAACAAUCAGGCAAUUCUGAUGCCAAUGCACCACAGAGUGUCUCAGCUCAACAGCCAGGUAAGACAUGA